UUUUUCUCUCAGACCUGGCAACCUUUUGGUGACGGUAUUUUACUAGCUAGCUUAGAGGAGAAAACAAAAGGGCAGAGGAUCGAAUUUCCCUUUAAUGGUUCGGAGAUCUUCUCCGGUUUUUAUCAAAAUGUUCUUUCUAACCACAUCUUUCCAGCCUCAGGUAACUGUGCCACUGAGCCAUAUUAUCAAUGCUGUACACUCACUGAAAGUGUCAGCCAGCUCCACUGCCACCGCAGCAGUUCAGAGUCUACACAGAGAGCUUUCAGCUGAUCAGGAUGUACUGUCCCAUGCCCCUGACACACAGCUUAAUCAUAAAGACCUGGGGAUCUCAGAGCUGAGGCUAAAUGGAAUCACUGAGCUGUUAAACAGGCUGCUGCCCACACCAGUUCCCAACGAGACCUCCGACCUUAGGGCCUGUCUUCGAUCUUCAAGGUGGAGAACCUCUCACACCUCCAGAGAUUCCUUUUUUCACAACAAACAUGGUUUCUCUCAGAGUAUGCCAGGACUCCUUGGCAAUCCAAUAUUCCAUAGACAAAACUCACGGCCGCUUCAGGGUCUUUGCUCAGAUCUUCAGCACUUGCAAGUGUCGGUCCAAAGACGUGGUUUUAAGACUCUGAGGGCCAAGACCAGGCGCCUUCAAUCGAGCUACGAGAGUCCAGCAGAAUCUGAGAGCUAUACUCCACUAUUUAUGAAGGGUCUUCUUAUGAGGGAUAAAGCUGAUACAGAGAGUCUUGACCAGUUAGUGAAACGCAGGAAUCUUCCAGAGAAUCAGCUUGAUGCCUUUAAAACUGGUUUUGCAGAGGGUUUCCUGAAAUCUCAAACCCUAAUGCAGAAGACCCAAGAUUCACUUAAGAGGACUCGUUUGAUUUUGCUUGUCCUCCUGCUCGUUGGCAUCUAUGGUUUGUCAAGAACCCCAUUUCUCUCGGGUAAAGGCUCGUUUUCUGAUACUGUCAGAUUCCGUAGCACGUCUGGUCUGGAUGCAGCACUGGAUCCAAUCCAGAUGAAGAAUGUCACCUUUGAGCAUGUGAAAGGUGUGGAGGAGGCAAAGAGCGAGCUUCAAGACAUUGUUGAGUUCUUGAGGAAUCCUCAGAAAUUCACUGCACUUGGUGGAAAGCUACCCAAAGGUGUCCUUCUGAUUGGUCCACCUGGUACUGGAAAGACUCUGCUUGCCAGAGCUGUGGCAGGGGAGGCAGAUGUGCCAUUCUAUUACGCCUCAGGAUCUGAGUUUGAUGAGAUGUUUGUGGGUGUUGGAGCAAGUCGCAUCAGAAACCUAUUCAAAGAGGCAAAAGCUAAUGCCCCUUGCGUGAUCUUUAUUGAUGAGUUGGACAGCGUGGGUGGAAAACGGAUAGAGUCGCCCAUGCAUCCAUAUUCACGUCAAACCAUUAACCAGCUCCUGGCAGAAAUGGAUGGGUUUAAGCCAAAUGAAGGUGUUAUUGUUAUUGGGGCAACAAAUUUUGCAGAAGCUUUGGACAAUGCUCUUGUGAGACCUGGGAGGUUUGACAUGCAAGUCACAGUCCCCAGACCUGAUGUAAAAGGACGCACUGAGAUCCUGAACUGGUACUUGAAGAAAAUCAAAGUGGACCCUGAUGUAGAUGCAGAAAUUAUUGCCAGGGGAACAGUGGGCUUCUCUGGAGCUGAGCUGGAGAACUUGGUGAAUCAGGCAGCACUAAAGGCUGCUGUAGAUGGAAAGGAGAUGGUGACAAUAAAGGAACUGGAGUUUGCUAAAGACAAGAUCCUCAUGGGCCCAGAGCGCAGGAGUGCGGAGAUCGACAAGAGGAACAAGACGAUCACUGCAUUUCAUGAAUCCGGGCACGCUAUUGUGGCAUAUUAUACUAAAGACGCAAUGCCCAUAAAUAAAGCUACUAUCAUGCCACGAGGACCCACCCUUGGUCAUGUGUCUAUGCUUCCAGAAAAUGAUCGUUGGAGUGAGACUCGCUCUCAGCUGUUGGCUCAGAUGGAUGUUAGUAUGGGCGGCAGAGUGGCAGAGGAGCUCAUCUUUGGCGAUGAAUACAUCACUACGGGAGCAUCUAGUGAUUUUGAUGGAGCAACUAAGAUCGCAAAGAUGAUGGUUACACGCUUUGGAAUGAGUGACAAGCUGGGUGUCAUGACCUACUCUGACCUGUCCAAACAUAGUCCAGAAACACAAGCUGCGGUUGACCAGGAAGUCAGGAUGCUGUUACAGGAUUCAUAUGAGCGUGCAAAGAAACUCCUCAAGACAUACAGCAAAGAGCACAAAAAACUGGCAGAUGCUCUGCUCACCUAUGAGACUCUGGAUGCAAAAGAAAUUCAGAUGGUUCUGGAGGGCAAAUCUCUAGACCCAAGAUGAUGUCCUCAAGAAUGUCUAAAGAGCUGAAGUCGUUUAGUUAAACAGAAAUGAUGGAAUGAGGAAGGAAACUAAUAUCAUUUCGGUUCUUCCACUAUCAAUCAGCAGAAACGCAUAAUAUAAUGAGAAAUAUUUCUAUUUAAUUUUCAUUUCUGUGUCCCGAAUGUUUCAGAGAUACUUUCAUGGAGCUAUUUGGACUAUUGUAGUUUCCCAAACCAACUUUUUAAAAAUGCCUGCAUUUUCAACCUCUUUGUAGCCUAUUUAGUAUGUAAGAGUGGAUUUAUUGUUUAUUUCCACUUUUGCACAACAGCUACUCUUGCUGACAAAUGAACCCUGCCAGUGCAUACUGGAAAGUGCUGGACAUUGAAAAUUCUUGACCAUCCUGUGUGUGCAGAAAGGCAUGAUUACCCCUUCAAUCUGGUGCACCUUUCGCUGUUACAAGUCCUGUAAAACAGAAUAAGAAUACAGGAAUGCCCUCUGGGAUCAUGAAUGAUAGUACGAAAUAUUCAUUCCACAGAAACAGACUUCUGUCUUUCAAUAAAGCCAUUAAACCUGACCGAUCUUAUUGAUCUAAUAUAACUUCUUUUAACCAUAGGUCUUCUAAAUGAACUCCAGCUGCAGCUUUCUCAUACCAGAAACAAUUGCAACCUCAAUUUAAGUUAGUCUUUAAUCUGGAAAACAAACAUCCCCUCUGAAUACAUUGUGUCUUGGGGCAAACAAAUAAGUCUAUGCUGUCUUCAAUGUAGAGUUAAUUGUACUUUUUCAUUCAUUAAAUCUUUUUCCUUACAUAACUAAGAAUGUAACUUCAGAACAUUAGUAUUACUUCAAUAAUUAGAUAAAGAUCUAAGAUCUUGGUUUCUUAUAUGGAGUAGCCUCCAUCUUGGAAACGAGAAAAGCUGAAGUGAUGGACGUUGACAAAGUUGCAGGAUUAAAUACCAAAAAAAUUCUUUCGACUUUUAUAUUAGAUAAUGUUAUUUAGUUGUAUAAACAAGUCUGAUUUUACUUAAUGCCCUAUUUAUUUGUUUAAUAUUAGUUUGACAUGGUGCUGAUGGAAGUCAUCUGUAUUUGAUUAGCUGUGGAUGGUUUUGUGGCUGGUAAAGGAGCUGUGAUGGCAACCCUGUAUAUAAGAGUCUAUGUAAAUGUCUGUGUUUGCUCUGUGAAUUAAUCCUCACUGAGAUUUAUUUCCCUAAUUUCAAUGAACAAUUGUGAAUAACUAAUAAAGUGUGCUAAAUAUG